UGCGCAUGGUUGAGAAUAUGACUGGGCCCAUUGGGGAGGAUGGUGGCUUCCGGCGUGUCUCAUAGACCAAGUCUCAUUCAAAAUCCGCUACUGCAACCAACCAGCUUGGUGGUGAACAAGCAGGAACAGUUGUAGGCACCAAAGCACAAAUUAACUUACCAUUUCGGUGGCAGCACUGGCAUCGUAUCUGCACUUCCAAGAGGAGCCAGUUGAGAUAGGCAAUGGGAGUGACUGAUGUUCAAAGCGCGCCGCGGGGCGACAAUUGAGAGUCCAUGCUUCUGGUGUAACCACUACCAGUUAAGGCAUGAUUGCUGUGGCCAAGCGAACAAGCACAAGCAGGCUGCACCCCGGCUUAUCAUACCCAUCGAUUUACUCCCGAAACGUUCAGAACACCAUUGCUCUAACAGGAGCUUUUUCAUAUUCAACCCAGUUCCAACUUCGUCUCCCUUUCAACCUCCCAACCACUCUCCUUCCCCUUCCCCUCUUCCCCCUUUUUUUCUCUUCCUUUUCUGAAAAAUCCGGAAAUCUAGAGCCCUUCAAGAGUCAAGGCCUAGAAUAAAACAGAAUGUCUGCACUGACGAUCACGCCCUCACACGCACUCGCGCCGACAGACGGAGCGGGCGGAACAAUGAGCCACCAAUGGCGUCCCCGCACCUCGCGGACCUCCCGAACCUCGCAAACUUAUACGCGAACACAAGUCACCGAGUUCUACUCGGGCGACUCUAGCACAAUAUCUCCUACUUCAACCACACCCCCUAAAAUCGCCCGAAUCCUCGUCUUCGAUAAUGCACACCCAGACUUUCCACGCGAAAUAUUUGUAAAGUCACAUCUGAACCUACUUUUCGACGUUCCGCUGUCCAGUCUUCAGACGACUGCUGUGCCGCUUUACCGGCAGGUGCCCGUGGCGAUAUCCGGUGGGCGUGAUAGGUGGGAGUUCGGCGGUUGGUACGUUAUCGACGCGGUUCACAAGGUGGAGAAGUGCUCGAGCGAAUUGACGAAACGGUUGGAGGAUAAGUGGAAUAAAAGGAAUAGGAGUUCUUCUCCCAGCAACAUCCGGCAGUCUAAUGUGGAACGGGAUUGGGCAGCUGUGAUGUUAAGGAAGGUAUCGGACGGAGGAUGCCCGCUGGGUUCUCUGAAUACUUCUCCGUCCCCGCCCUCCGGCAGCGAUAAUGGGAGCGGGAGUGCCAAUGGAAAAAAUGAAGGAUACCCUGGGGUGGAGGAACAAGAUUACACACCGUAUCCACCCCCGCCAAGCCGUGUCUCGGGUUCGCCGGGUGUGGGAGACGGAAAACACACUCAAGAGGAAUACUUUAUAACCCCGUAUCCUCCUCCGCCGACUAGGAUUCCUACGAUGUCUAACGAGGAGAAAGAGGAUGACACAAACACGCUCAUGAUGGAUAAAUUGGACGAGAGCAUCGUUAGCAUUUCGCGCCAAUCGGAAGGGGACGAAUCUAUGACUGAUUCUGAGUUCGGCAACCUUUCGAAAUCUGAAAUUGAUGAUUGUGAUAGGUGGAGCGAGUUGAGUACUGGUCCCGUUGACCGGCAGUGGACUGUGGUUUACACGGAGAAGGACGAAGAACUUUAAUGGUGUUUUUUUUUGUGGAUUUGGAAGGAUAUCGGGGACGCGAGGAUCGGGAUGGAGUAGGAGUUUUUUUCUUUCACCUUUUUUUUUCCCACUCUUAUUUUUUGAAUUCGAUUUGGGCAAAAAUCAAAUUGUGAUGAACUUAAGUUAGUAAUGAUAUCAAUCGUUUUGACUGGAUGGAUAAUGGUGGCCUGUGGGAAUCCUCUGAUUGGGGGAUAUAUUAUAUAUCAUAUACUGGUAGCUCUUUCCUUGCAAGGCAUCGAACUGCGGGCGCAUUCCACUACCCUAAGUUGAUCCCAAAGGCCUGCUUAUCGUGUAACAAAGGAUUGACUGGUCAAGCCUCCG